AUGGCUGAAUCGACUGCAACAGAAUCGGCCGAAACUAUCUCCAUGCACGAUUUCUUGGAAUUUUUGAACGUAACUUGCCAAGUAAAUGACUCUUUCAAUAACAAUAAAAAGAAUCCUCCUUCAUUCGACUACAAUCAAUUGGCUCGCAACGAGUUAGUCAACAGUAUCCAACAGAAUUCAAGAGCAAACGACGGAGGCAAACUCUUGGAAGUCCCGUCAACCGUUUCCCCAGCGAAACACAACACAAUUGGUGCGGUUGGCGGGAAAAAAGAAUCAAAGUGUGAUGAAGUGUCGCCACUUGGUAUCGGUUUGCGGCCUGCGGCUGACAAGAAAUUAACUGCCAAGAAACGAACCGUCUCUCAAAAAUCACAAAAAAGCAAACCCGAAACGUCCGAGAAUCCCAAAAACCACCUCGAAGCCAUAUUGAACGAUAAGUUGGAUGAGGUGCUUAACGAGGGCAUAUUAGAUUCGGUGCUGCCGUUUAUAUGCCCCUCGAAUGGAUCGGGCUAUCAUCACAAGAGCGGUACAGGACAAAAGCUAAACUCAAACAGCUCACUCGGUGUCCAGGUCAUAAACGCGUCGACCUCGAUCGGUAGCUCCUGUGGCGUUAAGUCGAUCACUAGUGGUGCUUCUUCUCCUGAUACUCAGAGUGGCAGCAGUGGAAAAAAAUCAACUCUUUCUGCCGUAGGCGACGUUUCGCAAAAUUUUCUAAUAGCUAGUAGUUCGACUAAAACAUGCGUGCGUAGGAAAUCAUCAAUUGCACAAAUCGCCAUUCCAGACAGCAGAACCGAGCCCGAGGUCGUUAUUCACGUGUGCGAUGAAGUGAAGGGUUCUUCGAGGGACUUUUCCUGUCCACAGAAACUACUCAUCACCAAAAUGGGAUACUUUGCUGACGUUACGGCUGGUCAGCGACUGGAAGACAUGGACAUCUCGGUGCAUUGCGAUCUACAAAUCUUUGAAUGGCUCAUGAAAUGGGUGAAGAAAGAAUCGAUGGCACAGGACGAAUGGCCGGCAUUGGAUCCCACGAACGUGAUUCCGAUCCUGGUGUCGGCCAGCUUUCUCCAGAUGGAGCCGUUGCUGCUCGAUUGUCUCUCGUUCUGUCAUGCUCGACUUAACGAAGUUGUGAAGGCUUCCGCAAAUCUGGCCUGUUUGAACGAUAGCAUUAUUACGCGGCUGGCGGCCAUGUUCACUAACCUAGAGCUGGAGGUGGUAAAAGAUAAAAAGGAUCGUAUUGCACCGCGUCUAUGGACGAAACUCAUCCAAAGCCUUUGUGAGAUCGAACCGCAGGCGUUGCGCGGUCAUUAUGCUACGCUUGCGGGUAUGUUUCGGUGUUUGAAAUGCGGCAAGUUUCUGACUCAAACAGUCAGCACAUAUAUCCAUUGUUUGCCGCAAAAUAUUCGACUCAAUCGCUGGGGCCAACUAAUAAGCGCUCACGUCAAAGACCCGUCGUGGAACAUUACUAGCUACGUGUCGAGCCUGCACAAGGAGUUGCGCUCAUGGCGCAAGGUUUACUGGCGGUUGUGGGGACAUUGCCAUUUUUUGUACUGCUCCAUUUGCGACACACACUUUCCGGUAAGCCAGAUGAUGUGGUGUCAGUAUCACCCUGAACAACCGCAGUUUCUUGGCCCGGCUGCGGAAGGACGUGUAGCAGGCCCUGCCGGACGGUACCCAUGCUGUGGGAAACAAGCCUACCGGUACGAAACAUUACCUGGACCAUCGGGUUGUCAAUUUCGCGAACAUACAGUCCAGGUGGACACAGAUCGAGACCGAGCGGUGUUGCAGCUCGCUCUGCAUGCCUUUGAAGGCGGUUGCCUUUACGAACAGUCACCGUUUAAACCACCCAGCACAUCCGCAGAUCCAUGGUGGAAUGGAAUCGGUAUACUACCACACCGCUCGCGCCAGGGAUUGUUGCCAACGUUUCACGUGGACGGAGAUGCGAUGGUGAACCAUCAUCACCAUCAUCGUGCCAACCGCCAGAUAUCACAAUCGAUGAUGGACACUGAAAGCGAUUCCGAUUCGGACGAAUACGAUAAAUCUGGAACGAAUCAGAGCCGCAGCACCAGCAGCAGUUCCGAUGGCGAGGAAUCGGAAUAUAGCAGUCCCCCGUCUUUCCAACAUCAGCAGCAACAGCAACACCAGCAACAUCAACAGAAAGAUCCCAAACGAAAAUCCAAACUGUCUUACGGUAGGCACUGGGCCGGUGACAUGUCCGCACGCAGUAAUCAGGAUAAUCAACGGGAGUUCGAGGAACGAGCGAUGAAGCAAAUCAUUACCAUGGUGGGAAAGCGAACCGGUGGAGAGCAUAACCUGCAGUACCAGACGUAUCAACAAGGUGGUACGUAUAUGAAGCUGGAGAACGACUGGAGGGAGUCUAUUAAGCAGAAGAAUUUAGCUACUCUUAAGGUGAAGACGAACGGAGUCAAGUGA